CUGCACAUCUCUGUAUAGGCGGGAUGAUCGCCCUUCUGCUGUCCAUCCUGUGCCUCGUCCUGAUCCUCUACACCCGCCGGCGCUGGUGCAAGCGCCGCCGCAUCCCCCAGCCCCAGAAGAGUGCCAGUGCUGAGGCGGCUAAUGAGAUCCACUAUAUCCCCUCGGUGCUGAUGGGGGGCCAGGCCCGCGAGAGCCUGAGGAACUCCCGGGGUCAGGGGCCCAACUCCAGCGGUACCCUCAGCAUCCGGGAGACUCCGAUUUUGGAUGGGUACAA